CGACAACUUUGUCCUUUCACUUUGCUUGACUGCUUUGGAAUUCCAAGUCGUCAACAUUGAUCAUAUUUGACCUCUGUCGUGGACUCUUUGGCUGGUCCCAGAGCCUCCCACGCGCCUUGGUUGCUUGUUUGAGGCCUUUGGAUAAGCCCUCUUGAAAUCCAUUGCUCCACCAACCUCUGUUCCUGGCCGAACACCACCACCACCACCACCCAGCCAUGGCACCAAAACAGCAAGGCAAGCAGAGGCUCCCGCCGACGACGGCGGCAGCCAAGAACCAGGCCGAGCAGGAACUGGCCGCCCUCAUGCGCAAAGGCCAGGGCGACAACCUUCCGGCCAAAAUCAUCAGCCAGGCCGGCGUGUACCUGAGGGCGGCCAUCCUCAUCUCGCUCAUGGCCAUCUCGGCAAACGUGUCCCGCCUCGCCUUGUCGCCAGUAUACGGGCAGAUCCCGGCCUCAAUCUACCAUGAUUAUGUCGUCUGGGCCUUCCUCUUUGUCGGAUGGGCUACCAACGUCGUGCUGAAGCGGGUGCUGCCCUUCAAGACGAUGGCCCUGAUACCCGUGAUUGCAUGGUACAGCCCCAUGGUCCAGACGUAUCUCUUUCGCCUGAGCAGCACCCUCUCCAUCAAGUACGGUCCCAUCGUCACCGAGGCUCUCACUGUCGGCCCUCUUUUGUCUCUCGGCGCCGCUUAUGUCGCCGACAUUCUUGAGGAGGCAGACAUGAGCGCUCUCCCUCAGACUGUCGCCGAUGCGAUCCCGGGCAUGGGCGGGUUCGCCGUAUUCCGCCUCAACGAGGCCAUCAUGGGACAACAGCUGUCUUUACAGAUGGGGCGGUCUCUGAUGCAGAGCCGGAUGGGUAUGCAGUUCGUGCUGGCUUCUGUGUACAGCCUGAUGUCCCGCUCCAAACUGCUCCUCUGGGUCAUUCCUGCUGUGCUUCACGCCGGCAUCUUCAACCCGCAUAUCCCGUCGCCCACCGCAAACAACAACCUCAACACCACGUUGAGCGCGCAGGGCUGGUCGCUUCUUGACAGGUGGGAGUCAAUCACUGGCUACGUGUCCGUGAUCGAAAGCCACAAGGACGGGUACCGCCUGCUCAGGUGUGACCACAGCCUCCUUGGUGGCGAGUGGAAGAAUCUCCCAAAGACGAUUGUCGGCGAGCCGGUCUAUAGUGUAUUCACACAGCUUGAAGCAGUUCGUCUGGUGGAGAACCCAAAGAAGGUCCCUGACCACCAAGCCAAGGCGCUGAACAUCGGUCUCGGAAUUGGCACGACCCCCUCGGCCUUGAUUGCGCAUGGGAUCGACACCACGAUUGUCGAAAUCGACCCUAUUGUGUAUGACUUUGCCGUCAAGUACUUCGACUUGCCAGCAGAUCACACGGCAGUCAUCGAGGAUGCCAUCAGCUGGGGCAAGAAGAACAUCGUAACCCUCGCAGGACACUUUGACUACAUCAUUCAUGAUGUCUUUACUGGUGGCGCAGAACCCAUUGAUCUCUUUACGGAGGAGUUCUUGGAAACUCUUCGGGCAUUGCUGAGCCCCUCUGGUGUGAUUGCAAUUGUAAGUCUCUCCGUCCGUGCCGAAUCUACGGGGCUAACAUAUGGACAGAACUUUGCUGGCGACUUCACGCUACCGUCCCUGAGCAUCGUGGCCAAGACGGUCAAGACUGUGUUUCCGUCUUGCCGCAUCUUCCGAGAGAUGGAAGCCCCGCCCAGGGAGACUGUAGAAAAGGAAGGCCGAGACUUUGACAACGUCAUCAUCUUCUGCACCAAGACCGUAGGCGCCAUCACGUUCCGCCAGCCGACCGAAGCCGAUUUCCUGAAGAGCUACUCUCGGAGGAACUAUCUCCUGCCAAAGCACGAAGUCCCCGAUUCUGCGUUCAUGAGUGGCGAGAAGAUUGGCAUCCUGCGGCACAACGAGACGUCGAUCCUGGCCGCGUCACACGAUACCAGUGCGGUUGGCCACUGGAAGAUCAUGCGGAAGGUGCUGCCAGACUCGAUCUGGGAGAACUGGUAGAGCGAUGCAAAGGGGAGGAGGGUUUGGGUUCUGCCAGCGAAUUUUGGGACAUUGGGGUUUCCGAUAGAAAACCGCCAAGCUCAAUUGGGAACAGGAGAGGCAUAUCGUUUGAAUAGACAGCCAUGAGCACAACAAAAAUUUGACUACGAAACCUGCCACGGGCCCUGGCCACAGCAAGAGAAGAAGACCUUUGCACUGCCCCGGCAUGACGACGGCUUUCUUGUGGAUAAAGUGGGAAGGGGGACCCUAGCACCGCAAACCGAAAAUGGGACUGAAGGCGGAGUUGCCUAAUCUGUCAAUUUAGGCUUUCUCUCCGUGUAAGGUCUAUGCGCAUGUAAGUGGAGGUAAUGGCCCAACGACCCGCGGCUACAACCGCAGCAAUAAAGCCCGACCUAGCAUGUUUACCCCGACUCUUGAACA